AUGUCUUGCUCCAGCCUGUCCUAUCCAGAAUGCGGGGUGGCCCGUCCCAGUCCAGUUUCUGGCAGCUGCAAUGAGCCUUGCGUUAGGCAGUGCCCUGACUCUGAAGUGAUCAUCAGACCAUCACCGGUUGUUGUGACCAUCCCAGGACCAAUUCUCAGCACUUUCCCUCAGCAGAGUGCAGUGGAAUCCGUUGGAGCACCUGUGGUCGGACCCGGCUAUGGGGGCUCAUUCGGUUCUGGGGGACUGUACGGCUAUGGAAGCCCUUACGGAGGAUUGUAUGGUUACGGGGGAUUAGGUGGUUAUGGGGGCCAUUAUGGUUAUGGUAGAUUGGGUGGUUAUGGAGGAGGUUAUGGGGGACUGUGUGGUUACGGUUACAGGGGAUUAGGUGGUUAUGGGGGAUUGUGUGGUUAUGGGGGAGGUUAUGGGGGAGGCUAUGGAGGACUCUGUGGUUACGGGGGAGGUUACGGUUAUGGAGGAUUAGGUGGUUAUGGGGGAUUAUGUGGUUACGGGGGAUAUGGCCGUAGGUAUCGCGGUGGAUACUGUGGGCCAUGUUAAUCCCAACAGCAAUAUCCAUGAAAUAAAGGAGAAUAGGCCCGACAUGUUCUAUCCUUUCCACCAAUAUGUAUCAUAAACA